CGAUCCAAAAAACCGCAUGAAAAAAGUUCGUCCGCCACAUCAUGCAUAUCCACUUGUGUUGACCUCCUGGGCCAAUUGGUUGCCCAUUAGCAUAUAAAUACACCCAUGGGCUCUCGGAUGAGAUUAUUCUCUCCCUUGCAUUCUCCCAGACAUACAGUCCAACAUUGACAUUGCAUCAAUCAGAACAUCCUUGACAUAUUGAUACCAUUUACAUCAUGGGUCUCACGCAAGAGCAAAUUGCCAUCAUCAAGGCCACUGUGCCUGUCUUGCAGAUUCAUGGCAAGACCAUCACGACCGUGUUCUACAAGAAUAUGCUCGCUGCGCACCCCGAGCUCAACACCGUUUUCAACACUGCCAAUCAAGUCAAUGGCCACCAGCCUGUCGCUCUCGCUGGCGCCCUCUUCGCCUAUGCCUCCAACAUCGACAACCUGGGUGCUUUGAGCCCCGCGGUCGAAUUGAUCUGCCACAAGCACGCCUCCCUCUAUAUCCGGCCCGAGCAUUACAAGAUUGUCGGCAAGUACCUCCUCGAGGCCAUGGGCGAAGUCCUCGGGGACGCCCUGACGCCCGAGAUCCACGACGCCUGGGGUGCCGCCUACUGGCAGUUGGCCGACAUCAUGAUCAACCGCGAAGCCGACCUCUACAAAGAGGCGGACGGCUGGACUGAUUUCCGCGAUUUCCGCAUUGCCAAGAAGGUGCCCGAGUCGUCUGAGAUCACUUCGUUCUACCUGGAGCCCGUGGAUGGCAAGCCUCUGCCGUCCUUCCGCCCCGGACAAUACAUCUCCGUGGAGGUUUUCGUUUCGGAGCUCAACUACCCCCAGAGCCGCCAGUAUUCACUCAGCGACAAGCCUGUGCCGGAAUACUACCGCAUCAGCGUCAAGAGGGAGGCCGGCCUCGAGCCCACCGAGCCCUCGGCCAAGCGCCACCCCGGCUAUGUCUCCAACAUCUUGCACGAUCUCAAGAAGGAGGGCGACAUCGUCCGCGUCUCUCACCCCUUCGGUGAUUUCUUCCUCUCCGACGAGGAGAAGCAGAGCAGCAGCCCGAUUGUCCUCCUCGCCGCCGGUGUCGGUCUGACCCCGCUCACCUCCAUCCUCAAUACCAUCCUCGAUGGCCCCGAGGCCCAGACCCAGCGCAAGAUCACCUACGCGCACGGCGCUCGCACCUCUGCGGCCCGCGCCUUCCGCCCGCAGAUCAAGGAGUUGGCUGCCAAGGUGCCCAACCUGCACGCUAUCUUCUUCACCAGCCACCCCGGCGCCGAGGAAAAGCAGGGCGAGGACUAUGAUGUCGCGGGACGCCUGGACGUGAACCAGCUGGACAAGCAGAAGGACCUCUACCUGGAAGAUGCGACCACCAAGUACUACAUCUGCGGUCCGACUGCGUUCAUGCUGGACGUGAAGCAGAAGCUGACCGCCGCGGGCGUUGCUGAUGAUCGCAUCAAGAUGGAGCUGUUCGGUACCGGUGGUAUUCCCGCCUAAGCAAGUGCUUGUGCAUAUUGUGGUUGUCAACUAGAUUCUUUGUAUCUUCACGGAUCACGAUCGCAUUUGUUUUCAUUUCUUAGAUAGCAUUAUUAGCCUAGAUACUCCUCUCAUGAUUUUAGAUGCAAUAAUCAAACUUCCGACUUUUAGACUUCGAGCUCUCGAGAUGGUCUGUCUCCAUAUGAAUUGUUAGACUAGGCUCUAUGAAUAGAUGCAGGCUCUGACAAACUUCGAGGUGUUCGCCAAGAA